AUGGAUCCUCUAAUUUUCACAGCACCCGCACGAAUACGUAUCCUUCUUGUCCCAGUUCAUCCGAUUAAGGCUGCGACGUUUCAUCAGAAGGUUGAAUUAGUUAAAAAUUACACGAUCGUCAAGCUGGGAGACGUCCCCCCAGAGCGUGGUGGUCAAUGCCAGUUACAUUUAAAUUUUGUAACUUCUUACGAACCAGAACAUUCUUAUCUUGAGGAAUUUCAAAUGCACCGUAGAAUUUUUGGGGUUAUUGGCAUUAUGGAUUGCUGUGAAUGGACAAAUUUGAACGAUGGAUUUAAAAAAUUUACGGAGAUUUACAAGAAUUAUUCAUCAUCUGUUGCCUACCGAUGUUUUGCAUUCGACCCUGCAGAAAAUCAACCUGAUGAUACCAAAGGACUGAUAAUGAUUCCUAAUGUUGGAGAAAUAGGAUUUUAUAUGAGCACCAUGAUUUCUGAUUUUGCCAGCAAUAUUCUAACGGAGUUUGGUGCUCUGGCAUCCAGUAUUGAAAAGAAAUCUAUCAUAUAUUCACCUAAAAUUCCAGUAUCGAACGUAACUUCAACUAAUGGAUCUCUACCUCAAAAUG